AUGACGGACCGCAACGAUCGUGCUCCUCCCGUGGGUGACCCUCCCACCGAUACUCCCCCUGUCAACAAUCCCCACAACGCCGAAUCUCAUGAAAAUCCGCCUCAUCCGCCCAGCGAUGAGCCUGCGGAUGUCAACCCAGGGACAACCCGAGGUCUUGAUCACCGAGCUACUGGGGUCAAUACGAAUAUCCCAGCACUGAUGACGGGCACAGGUGCAGCCCCGGCGGGUCCAUGGGCGGCAUAUAUCAAGGCACCACCAUUCAACACCACCACUAAGGGCGAGCCGCUAAACUCCGAGCUCCUUUGCAAGCUCUCGCCUAAGACAGCUAUCAACGAGCCACCACUUCGCCCACGGCUUGCUCACUACUGGAAUCCGGCUGGGUUCGUUGCGGAGAUUACCGCCUCAAUUGCGCGAGUUGAGGGCGCAACAACCCAGGUUGUGGGAUACGAGGUCCUGCAGCAAUGUGAAAGCUGCAAAGAAGAUGAAGGCCCAUUUUCUCAUUGUGUUUGGGACUCAGACGCCGAUAAAUGCAGUAACUGUCAUUGGCUGGGAAAUAACCACCACUUCUCGCUGAGCAGACUGCCUGUCCCCCCCACCACGCCUAGCCUGACCGGCCAACGCCUCCUCUCAACAACCGAACUGGCCGAAGCUCGUACCGAGCUGACAAGCCUACUUAUGCAGCGUGAUAUCCUCAACGAACGAUACAGUCAGCUUGAUUUUAGUCUAGCUCGAGUCCACAUCGCGAUCUUUUGGCUAUACGAUGAUCAUAAUCUCAUGAACAGUGCCGUAAUCCAUCAUAAUUACGCCGAAGUUAGCGAGGGACUAGAGGGGCUGGAGGUCAGCAUUCAUGAUCUUUGGGUGAUCCAGAUGGAGCUGUAG